GUGGACUGAUAACGAUUGUAAACCCAAAGCAGAGGAGAAAGAGGUGGAUGUAACCAUCGAUGGUUUCAUCAUAGAGCACAGCGUCUCUGGAUAAUUCAAGGAGCUUUACUAUCUAAGAAUGCAAAGGGGCAGAGAAAGGAUGGAGAGAGAAAAGGUGUCAGAGCUGAAUCAGUGUAAGAGGAGGUUGAGAGUGUGUGUGGCGACAUGCAACAGAGCGGACUACUCCAAGCUGGCCCCCAUCAUGUUUGGGAUCAAAUCCCAUCCUGACGAGUUUGAACUGGAAGUCGUGGUGCUUGGGUCACAUCUUAUUGAUGACUACGGGAACACUUUUCGGAUGAUCGAGCAGGAUGACUUUGACAUCGGCUCCAAGCUGCACACUAUUGUGAGAGGAGAGGAUGAGGCGGCCAUGGUGGAGAGCGUUGGGCUGGCCCUGGUGAAACUCCCUGAUGUCCUGCAGAGGCUGCACCCUGACAUCCUGGUCGUCCAUGGUGACCGCUUUGACGCACUCGCCCUGGCUACGGCUGCAGCGCUGAUGAACAUAAGAAUACUUCACUUGGAGGGGGGAGAGGUGAGUGGUACAAUUGAUGACUCGAUUCGCCACGCCAUCAGUAAACUGGCCCAUUACCACGCCUGCUGUACACGCAGGGCAGAGCAGUACCUCAUCGCCAUGUGCGAGGACCAUUCCCGCAUCUUGCUGGCUGGUUGCCCUUCAUAUGAUAAGCUGCUGUCAACUCACCACAGAGAAGACUAUAAGGAUAUUAUUAAGGCCUGGCUGGGUGACAAGGUGCAGGAGCAAGACUAUAUUGUGGCUUUGCAGCACCCUGUCACCACAGACAUCCAGCACUCCAUUAAGAUCUAUGGGCUGAUGCUGGAUGCCCUACUCUCCUUUAACAAGACGACCCUCAUUCUCUUCCCUAACAUUGAUGCCGGUAGUAAGGAGAUGGUGCGCGUGAUGCGGAAAAAGGGCAUCGAGCAGCACCCCAAUUUCCGAGCAGUGAAGCACAUUCCCUUUGAGCAGUUCAUCCAGCUGGUCUGCCACGCCGGCUGCAUGAUCGGAAACAGCAGCUGUGGAGUGCGAGAGGCAGGGGCCUUCGGCACGCCCGUCAUUAACCUGGGAACAAGACAAACUGGCAGAGAGACAGGCGAAAAUGUUCUACAUGUCAGAGAUGCUGAUACUCACAAUAAGAUCUACCACGCUCUGGAGUUGCAGUUUGGAAAGAGAUACCCCUGCUCUAAGAUUUAUGGUGAUGGCAACGCAGUGCCUCGUAUUCUCAAGUUUCUGCGUACCAUUGACCUGGAUGAGCCCCUCCAGAAGACCUUCUGUUUCCCCACGGUGAAAGACUCCAUCUCUCAGGACAUUGAUCACAUCCUGGAGACACAGAGCGCUAUGUCCAUCGACCUGGGAGGAACCAACCUCAGAGUGGCUAUCGUCUGCAUGAAGGGUAAGAUAGUAAAGAAGUACACUCAGCCCAAUCCGAAGACCUUCGAGGCCAGGAUGCAGCUCAUAUUAAAGAUGUGUACCGAUGCCAUGCGGGACGCUGUCUCCUUCAACUGCAGAAUACUUGGUGUCGGAGUGUCCACGGGCGGGCGUGUAAACCCACAAGAAGGUGUGGUCCUACACUCGACAAAGCUGAUCCAGGAAUGGUCCUCAGUGGACCUGAGAACACCCAUCUCCGACGCCCUGCACCUACCCGUCUGGGUCGACAACGACGGCAACUGCGCUGCGUUGGCUGAGAAGAAGUUCGGUCAUGGCAAAGGAGUGGAAAACUUUGUGACGGUCAUUACAGGAACAGGUAUUGGAGGAGGGAUUAUCCAUCACAGUGAGCUGGUCCAUGGCAGUACCUUCUGCGCUGCAGAGCUGGGUCACAUCAUGGUUUCAUUAGAGGGCCCAGAGUGUUCAUGUGGCAGCCGCGGAUGCAUAGAGGCCUAUGCGUCCGGCAUGGCCCUGCAGAGAGAGGCCAAAAGGCUGCAUGACGAGGACCUGCUGAAGGUGGAGGGGAUGGAUAUGAAGCUUUCAGAGCCAAUCACAGCUGCCCACCUCAUCAACGCAGCCAGACUGGGGAACUCCAAAGCUGAUGCCAUUCUGAACAAGGCUUCCACAGCUCUCGGUGUGGGCAUCAUCAACAUCCUCCACAUAGUGAACCCCUCGCUGGUGAUUCUGUCUGGAGUCUUGGCCUCUUACUACCAAAUGCCAGUGCAGCACAUCAUCAAAGAGAGAGCGCUCUUUUCUGCCCAGAGCAUCAAAGUUGUCACAUCAGACUUGGAGGAACCUGCAUUACUUGGAGCUGCUAGCAUGGUGUUAGACUAUACAACCAGAAGGACAUAUUAAAGGAUAUAGCCCUGAUUUACCAUGGACCCUACCAACAACAUGACUGCAAAACUGAAGUGCCCAGAUAGAUACAUCAGCAUAUCUAAGGCAUACAUUUCUAAGACUAAAAGACAAUGUGUUAAAACCAUCAUGUCAAUGUUUAAGAUGAGAUGAGGCAAAUAUUAAAAAAAAAGAAUAAAUAGAAAAAUAUAUAUAUAUAUACAUUUUUUUUUUAUUAUUAUUAUUUCCUGGUUGUUGAUAACCUUGCUGAACACAGUUUUACUUGUGUGAUACUUCCAUGUAUGAAGUGGUUCCAUUGCACAGACCAGAAAUCCCACCUGUCUUUCAAACCCACGUAGGCAAGGUUUAAUGAAGCCCCGGAGCUUUUUUUGAACAAAGCAUAUACUUUAGAGUAAACUACAAAGCCUUCUGCAAGGUAAAUUGUCCCACACAGGACAGGACUGGCCUACUUUACUUGUUACAUGAUGUGGUUUUUAAUGGAAAGGUCCUUUAAGAAAUAGAAAGCUUGUUUCAGAUGUGACCAAAAAUAUUGCUGAGACAUGCUCCCUUAGCUUCAUCUCUGUUCUCUCUAAACGCUUGUUUUCUCACUUUUCUUUAAAUCUUGUAUGAAGUAUGGAUUUCCAUCCUUUUUUCGGAUAAGGGUGACUUAUGUUACAUUUCCAUGUUUUGUUAUUAAUUAAAUUAUUUAAGGUGUUGUUGGUAAAUUACAAAAGUGCUUUUACAAGGGUAGUAUAGUUGGUGCUCUUGGAUGUUUUAGAGGUAUUAAAUCAUUAUUAUAAAAUGAGUAUAAUGCUAUACUGGCUCAUUAAUGAAAUAUGAAGGCAGCAACUUGUUUAGCCUUAUUGCUGCUACACUAUAUUUGGGGCCUUAGGAUGAAUCUUUUGACUGAAUCAGUUUAAGCAAUUUCUCUUUCUUUCAUGCCUUUCGGAGAUAUAUUUCAUCUCUGUUGUUUCAUAUGUACUGUUAUAAACUUUUGAAGUAUUGUAGUUUUAAUUGUACACAGACAACAUGCAGCUAUUACAAAAACACGAAAUAUCUUUUAAUUUACAUCCUUGAAAUGUGUAAAAUGUGUGUUUAUUGAUAAAUAAACCCCAAUAAGAGUCA